AUGGAUAUUAAUAAUGCCUUUCUACAAGGAGAUUUAUAUGAAGAAGUCUACAUGAGUUUACCCCAAGGGUUUAUCAAACAUGGGGAGACCAAAGUAUGUAGACAUCUGAAAUCUUUAUAUGGACUCAAACAAGCCUUUAGACAAUGGAAUAUUAAGCUUACUGAAGCUUUGAUAGAGAGUGGACAUAAUCAAAUUGCAUUUGAUCAUUCUUUAUUUACCAAAAAACAAGGAGAUGGUCUAGUAGUCAUUCUCAUCUAUGUGGAUGAUUUGCUAAUUACUGGUAGUCAUCAAACACUGAUAGAAGAUGCAAAAAUGACCCUACACAAUCGAUUUAAGGUAAAGGGCCUUGGGGAGUUGAGAUACUUUCUUGGUGUUGAAGUGCUGAGAUCCAAAAAGGGAACAUUACUUAACCAAAGAAAGUAUGCCUUGGAGCUUAUUUCUCAAGUUGGCUUGAGUGGAUUUAAACCUGCUAAAACACCUUUGGAACUUAAUCAAAACUUGACCACUGUUGAUUAUGAUGCUCAUGUAGGAAAUACUGAUGAUUUAGAGUUUGAAGAUGCCACAACAUAUCAACAGUUAAUUGGAAAGCUCCUUUACCUUACCAUCACUGGACCAGAUAUUAGCUUUGCAGUUCAGAGCUUAAGCCAGUUCAUGCAGCAACCUAAACAAUCACACUUGGAGGUAGCCUUUAGAGUGAUUAAAUAUCUCAAAAGUUGUCCAGGCUUGCGUGUGUUAUUACUUACUGGUCCUAUUACUAAUUUGAUUGCCUAUUGUGACUCAGAUUGGGCUUCCUGCCCUAACACAAGGAGGUCAGUCACUGGAUAUGUUGUCAAGUUAGGUGAGGCACUCAUUUCUUGGAAGUCUAAAAAGCACCAUACUGUAAGCAGGAACUCCGCAAAAGCUGAAUAUAAGAGCAUGACAACAGCAGUAGCUGAAGUCACUAGGGUUGUUGGUCUAUUACAGGAGUUGGGACUCACUAUAUCCCAACAUGUGUCCUUGUUCCGUGAUAAAAAGGCAGCUAUCCAAAUUGCUAGCAAUCCCAUUUUCCACGAACGCACUAAGCACAUUAAGCUUGAUUGUCAUUUUGUGCAUGAAAAAAUCAAGUCUGGGCUCAUUCUUCCUCACCAUAUUUCUUCUGCUCAACAGCUUGCCGACCUACUGACCAAAGGCUUACCUGCUGCUCAACAUCAACUUCUCUUAUCCAAGCUUGGUGUGUUUGAUGUCUUUCACCCACCAACUUGA